AGAUGGCGCUCUCCGAGGUCAGGAGGAGGCCUGCCCAGAACAAAGAGGGCGGCCACGACGGGGCGGAACCGGAAGCGCGCGUCGGACGGAGCGCGGGCCGCUGGCGGCACAGGAGCGCGCUGCGGCGCGAGUCCGGGCAUGAAGCUGGGCCGGGCCGCGCUGGGCCUGCUGCUGCUGGCGCCGUGCGUGGUGCGCGCAGUGGAGCCCAUCAGCCUGGGGCUCGCGCUGGCCGGCGUGCUCACCGGCUACAUCUCCUAUCCGCGUCUCUACUGCUUCUUCGCCGAGUGCUGUGGCCAGAGGCGGAGCCUGAGCCGGGAGGCACUGCAGAAGGACCUAGACAGCAAGCUCUUCGGACAGCAUCUUGCAAAGAAGGUCGUCCUGAACGCUGUGGCCGGUUUCCUGAGCAACCCGAAGCCCAAGAAGCCCCUGACCCUCUCGCUGCACGGGUGGACGGGCACUGGCAAGAAUUUCGUCAGCAAGAUCAUCGCGGAGAACAUUUACGAGGGCGGGCUCAACAGUGACUAUGUGCACCUGUUCGUGGCCACGCUGCACUUCCCGCACGCGGCCAACGUCACCCUGUAUAAGGAUCAGUUACAGCAGUGGAUCCGAGGCAACGUGAGCGCCUGCGCAAGGUCUAUCUUCAUCUUCGAUGAGAUGGACAAGAUGCACGCCGGCCUCAUCGAUGCCAUCAAGCCCUUCCUGGACUACUACGACGUGGUGGACGAGGUCUCCUACCAGAAGGCCAUCUUCAUCUUCCUCAGCAACGCGGGGGCUGAGCGCAUCACUGACGUGGCGCUCGAUUUCUGGAGGAGUGGGCGAAGCAGGGAAGACAUCCAGCUCAAGGACAUGGAGCAGGCCCUGUCCGUGGCGGUCUUCAACAACCGGAACAGUGGCUUCUGGCACAGCAGCCUCAUCGACCGGAACCUCAUCGACUACUUUGUCCCCUUCCUCCCCCUGGAGUACAAACACCUCAAGAUGUGCAUUCGCGUGGAGAUGGAGUCCCGAGGCUAUGAGAUCGACGAGGACAUCGUAGCCAGGGUGGCCGACGAGAUGACAUUUUUCCCCAAGGAGGAAAGAGUAUUCUCUGACAAGGGUUGCAAAACUGUGUUCACCAAGUUGGAUUAUUACCUCGAUGACUGACGGCCCCGGGGCAGCUCUCCCCUCUGCUCCCGCAGCCACGGCCGGGCCAGGCUCCCGGCGCUGUCCCUGGCAGAUGGGACGCACUUCUGGAUGCUGCCUUCAUCUGCGGAGGCCGCUGGCACCCACCCCUUAGUGAUCAUGAACACAGAUGAAAACUUCCAGGACCUUCCAAGAGGAAGUGGACAGCCCCCAGCCCACGCCUUCCAGGGCUCAUGAAUUUUUUAAAAGUACAUGUUAAGCCCUGUGUGGUGGUGCA